AUGGCAAGUCCAAAUUUGGCAGGAUCAUCAAGAGGUUGUUUGCUGACAGAUGACGAUGUUGGGACCUUAAAUAAAUGCAAUUUGGUUGGGGUCCAGGACAAUCGCAAGAUGAUAAUCGCAAGAUCUAUCCUUCGUUACAAGAGCAACCGUAGCCAGCGGUAG